AUGGACUUGGCAGGCGUGCUGCUGGCGUUGCUCCUCGUGCUGGUGCUGGUUGUCUCUCUGCUCUCCAAUCUCUUGGUGCUGCUAUGCUUCAUCUACAGUACGGAGAUCCGCAAGCAGGUCUCUGGGGUUUUCCUGGUGAACUUAUCCUUUUGCAACCUGCUCCUCACCAUCCUGAACAUGCCUUUUACCCUGCUGGGGAUCCUGAAGAGCCAGCAACCCCUCGGGGGCUGCUUCUGCAAAGCAGUGGGUUUCCUGGAAACUUUCCUGACUUCCAACACGAUGCUGAGUAUGGCAGCGCUCAGCAUCGACAAAUGGAUUGCUGUGGUGUUCCCCUUAAGCUACACGAGCAAGAUGCGGUAUAAGGAUGCUGUCAUACUGAUGGGCUACUCCUGGCUUCACUCCCUUACAUUUCCCUUGGUAUCCUUGUUUUACUCGUGGGUAGAUUACAGCAGUGUUUAUGCCUCUUGCACCUUACACUUGAAGGAAGAGACAGAGCGCAGAAGGUUUACAGUGUUCACCAUCGUCUUUCAUUCCACCAGUUUCAUGCUGUCACUGGUGAUCUUGUGUUUCACCUAUUUGAAGGUAUUGAAAGUUGCUCGGUUCCACUGCAAGAGGAUAGACAUUAUUACCAUGCAGACUCUGGUUUUGCUAGUGGAUAUCCACCCCAGUGUGAAGCAGCGCUGUCUUAAUGAGCAGAAACAGAGGAGGCAGCGGGCUACCAAGAAAAUCAGUAUUUUUAUAGGGUCAUUUGUGGUCUGUUUUGGUCCUUACAUUAUCACCAGGUUGAUAGAGCUCCUUCCUUUUGUUACCAUAAAUUACUACUGGGGAAUUAUAAGCAAGUGCCUCACCUACAGUAAGGCUGCAUCAGAUCCAUUUGUUUACUCACUUUUACGUCAACAGUACAAAAAAGUUCUGAUCAACAUGGUCAACAGGAUACUUAAGAGGGACCUGUAUCCAUCAUCGGGGUACAACAGCUCUCUCGACACUGAAAAUGAUUACUGCUUGCACAGAACAAACUAA